AUGAGUCUUAUCGAACCUAUUGGUUAUUCUUUAUUCAAUCUAUCACCGUUGGAUACAAUUGUCAAACGUUAUACGAAAAACUAUUUAUUUGAUCGAUUGAAUAUAAAAAAUAAGAAUGAGAUUGUUUCAAUGAAUGAUGUUCUUAUGGCAUGGUUAACUCAAAUAAUAAGUCGAAUUCGUCAUGUUUCUCGUCAAUCGACGAUCAAAAUUGGUAUGGCCAUGAAUGGUCGAACUCGCCUGCCGGGUAUUGAUACGAACUAUUUUGGUAAUUGUAGUUUUUAUUUGUGUCGCCCUUUUUCAAUGUCUGAUCUCGAUGACCUUACUGUUGACGAACUAGCUCAACGGAUCAAUGUUGAAAAACGAAAGUUUAUGACAACAGAAUAUAUUCAGUCGGCAUUGGCUUUCAUUAAUCAACAUUAUCGUUCGUCAGUGAUUCAUUUAGGUUGGCAAGCAACCGGAGGUAAUGAUCUGUCAUUUAGCAAUUGGACACAAUUUCCUCUUUAUAAAUGUGAUUUUGGUCAAGGUGGAGCGAAACAUUUCAAAUUAUCUUCGAUUCAAUCCGAUGGUCUUAUUCUUAUUUUACCAACAAUGAACAACAACGAAAUUGAACUCUAUAUUACAUUACAAACUGAGCAUGCGCAAGUACUUCUUGGCAAACUUGUUUGA